UUUGGAUUUUACUUUUCAAGAAGUUUUAAUCUAUGCUGCUUGUUUUAGUAGAAUAUUAAAAUUCCUGAAUAAGAUAAAAAAAUUCGUAUUUGAGCAACAAUGUCUAAAAGAAAAUAUCAAAAUGAAUUUUAUGAAACCACUGGCAAAAGGUUUACAGCUAAACCUGAUCAGAAAAAACACACCUUGGAUAGUGAUGAAGAGGAUUUUGUAGACGAUACGAAUGUUUUAAAUGAAGAUGAUAUUGAAGGAGAAGAAGAUGGUCUUGCUCGCCAGGAUGGAGAACAGAAAAUGACUGCCUUUAAUAUGAGAGAAGAGCUUGAAGAAGGGCACUUUGAUAGAGAUGGCCAUUUUAUAUGGAAGAAUGAAAAAGAAGUACGAGACAAUUGGCUUGAUAACAUUGACUGGCAAAAAAUCAAGCAUAAUUCAGAAACAGCAGGAAAAUAUGAUAUAGAAGAAGCCGGACUGGCUGCCGACAGUGACUCAGAAGAAGAGAUGGAUGAAGAUUUUUCUGAAAUUGAUACUUACAAAAAAAUACUGAGUUACAUGAAGCCAAAAGAGACCAUAAAUCAAGCAAUAAAAAGACUAGGUGGGGAGAUGAGCAAGCUAUCAAGCCUAGAAAAAUUAAAAAGGAAAAAGGCUGGCACCCUUGUAAUUUCAGAAGAUGUUACUAAACUUACAGAGUUAGCGAAUCAAAUUCUAACAAAACUUGGAAAUAUGGAUGUUUAUCAGGAGACCUAUGAACAGAUUCAAGCUAAAAUAGAGAACAAAAGUAAAGGAAAAAAAACUGUCCGGGAACCAGAGCUAGAUAUGUACUCAGAUGAUUUUGAGAGUAAAGAACAAGAAAAAUUAAAAGAUGAACCCUCUUCAAGUACACAAAUAACAUUCCACGAACCUCUAAAAGAACAGAAGGAUAAGCGAUUAGAGCUUGAAUGGGAAUUUAAAUGGUCAGCAGAAGACGAGAAAAUUGAGGGCCCAAUAAAUACAGCACAGAUGAUAAAGUGGCAAAGGGAGAACUAUUUUAAAACUGGGGUUAUGGUCAGAAAGUACGGUGAAAAUUCAAACUUUUAUUCACUAAGUAGAAUUGAUUUUGAGUUGUAUGAGUAGGAAAAGGACUUUUAUUAUAUAAAUGUAAUCAUUUAUAAUGCAUUACUACUGUACAAGAUGUAUCAUUAUUUUCUUAGAUUGUGCUAGAUUCUAUUCAAACAUAAUUUAUAAUAUCCAUUUGAAUAUAAUGUGUAUUUUAAAAAUUGUUGGUUAAUAGAUCUUUAUUGCAA